AUGUCAUUACAUGAAGAAUUGAAUCCAAAACAAUGGUGGUCAAUGGGAAAUGUAUUUAAGGAUAAAUUGUUAUGUCAAUAUAUAAGGGGAAUAAGUUCUCGUGGAUUUUGGUAUGGAGAUGAUCCUUUGAGUUAUCCAACUCCAUUAAUAUUGGUUCAAAUUUCCCUCAUUUUCUUUACUACUAGAGCUGUUUUUUUCAUACUUCAACCAUUACGCCAAAGUAUGACCGUCGCCCAAAUUCUUGCAGGACUUAUUAUAGGCCCGUCAGUAUUAGGUCGAAUUCCAUAUUGGCUAAGCGUAUAUUUCCCACCACCGGCAAGCUACGUUCUAAAGACAAUAGCAAGCUUUGGAUUUAUGCUACAAAUGUUCAUAUCAGGAGUUAUGAUUGAUAUGAGUGCAAUCCGUAAAAGUGGUCCUAAAUCAAUUCUCAUUGCAUUUUCUGGUGUAUUCUUUUCCCUUAUGUUAGGAGCUUUAGCCUUUUUCUUUCUUCGUACUCGAUUCGAGCUCGAUCAAAGCCUUUUUUCGGGUAUUCGAAUCAUGAUCCUUUUCAAUUCUUUAACCUUCUUUAUGGUAACAAGUAGCUACUUACAUGAUCUCAAAAUCAUUAACUCUGAAAUGGGUAGAUUAGCCUCAUCAUCCUCUUUAGUUAUUGAUAUAUUUGGGCUUUUAACCACUACUUUCGGGCUUAUUUGGUUAAGCCCAACUACAAACCCUAAUCUACCCCCCAAAUGGAUGACUUCAAUUAGCAUAAGUUUAUAUUAUCUAGUUUUAUUUUGUGGGUUUAGACCCUUAAUACUUUCUAUUGUUAGGAGAACUCCAGAAGGUAUGCCAAUGAAACAAACACAUUUUUUAGUGAUUUUGGCUAUUGUGAUGGUGUCUUGGCAUUGGGGUGAAAGAGUGGGCCAGAGAUUUUCAGCAUUUUUGUUUGGGCUUUCUUUGCCGCAUGGGCCUCCAUUGGGCUCAGCAUUGGUCCAAAAGCUGGAGUUGUUUACAUCUGGUGUGCUUUUACCAUUGUUUUGUAGUAUGAAUGGAUGGAGGAUUAGAACAAAGUAUUUGGCAAAAAAUCCAUACUCAAUGUUGGGAGUAGAGAUAAUUCUUGUGCUUGGUCAAAUAGGUAAGUUUUUGGGGACUGUUGGUUCAUCCAUUGCUGUUGGAGUUUCACUUGAAGAUGCUGUUCCUCUUGGUUUUAUGAUGACUUUUAAAGGUAUUAUGGAGAUUGCUACUUUUGCUGUUUGGAAGGAUCAAAAGCUUUUGGAUGAUCGAUUAUUUUCAUUGGCAAUGCUAAACAUAGUAUUCUUCACCGGAAUUGCAUUUCCACUAAUACAAUGGUUAUAUGAUCCAUCCUCAAAAUACAAUACAGUUAGAAAAAGAAAGGUAAUGGGAUUAGGUGACCAUGGUGAUCUUCAAGUUCUUGUAUGCAUCCACAAUGAAGACAAUAUGCCUGCUAUGCUCGACAUCUUAGAAGUGUCGAAAUUCAACAAAUCAGGGGGAUCAAUCUCGGUUUUUGCCCUUCAACUCAUACAGCUUAAAGGAAGUGCCAUUCCGAUCUUAGCACCACUCCAUGAAUACAAGAAAAAAGCUGAUAAUUUCGGUCUUUUUGAUCAUGUGGUAAAUGCCUUAGAACAAUUCGAGCAAGAUUGUCUAGGGUAUGCUCGUGUGCAACAGUUCGUGUCUGUUACACCGUCUAAGAGUAUGCACAACGACAUAUGUACUCUCGCACAUGAUAAGAGGACAAGUCUUAUAAUCGUCCCUUUUCAUAAAAAAUGGGGGAUCGAUGGUAAUGUUGAUUUCUCCGAUCAACAAUUAAGGAGUAUAAAUCAAAGAAUUCUUCGAGAAUCUCCUUGUUCGAUUGCUAUAUUGAUCAGUAAAGUACCAUCUGAACAGGGUGUUGGAAUGAAAGGUUUAGAUCGUUUCUCGAUUAAUAGUCACCAAACAUAUCAAAUUGUAACACUUUUCGUAGGAGGAACAGACGAUCAUGAGGCGUUAGCAUUAACUAGGCGAAUGGCAGAACACCCGAAUGUAAGGCUUACUGUCAUAUGGUUAAAAGAUCCAAGACCCUACGAAACUCGAGAAGUGCAAGAAGAUAUGAGAGUAAUGAGAGAAUUCCAUAUGAAAUCGAAAGGACACGAAAGAAUUUGUGUUCGAGAAAAGGUCGUAGAAGAUGGGAUUGGGACAACAAAAGCAGUAUUAUCAUUGGAAAAUACAACAGAUUUAUUUGUUGUAGGAAGAUAUCAUGAAGAAGAUUGUGCAGCCAUACAAGGGCUUGGUGUUUGGAGUGAUAGCCCGGAAAUUGGUUCAUUGGCUGAUACAUUAGUUUCUUCGAAUUCUCAGGUUUCGAUUUUGGUUGUGCAACAACAACCUAGAGUUGAUUGGAAACUUAAUGGUUCUAAGAACAGCAGGGAUUAUGAUUUUGCUGUUAGUAUUGAUUCUCCUAAAAGCAACACCAGUCUUAGAUCGCGUAUUGCUUUAGGUAGCAAUCGUGUUAUGCAAAUUAAGAGAGAAAAGAAAGGCAAAAUAAAAGGGGAGGAAAAGAAAGGGAAUGAGAAGACCGAGAAAAGACUCUUUUGUUUGCUUAGGAAGAUGAUUUCAUAUAUAAAGGUGAAUGUUGACAAAUCAUCUUUGACAGCAGAUUUAGGUAGCCGUUUUUGCAGAUCGUCUUUUGCAAGACUCUCUGAUCAUUAUAUUGAUUAG